AAAGUAUGACCGACCCCGUGGCGACGACGCUGCGAGAAUUGACCGCUGCCCUCGGCAGAUGCACCUCGUGGAAGGAUCUCCUUGACAUGACGGUGCUCAACAAGAUCGUGACUCUUGCUGCAACACUUCGCGGAUUGGAACGAAGCAACUCCCUGGUUGCGGAUGACGUAGUGCACAAAGCAACUUUGCCUGCGACCGUAGAAGACUUCCAGUCGUGGCUGAAAAGGGGCAUGCAAGUCCAAUUUGGCGAAGAAACGUUCAACGUGGAAAGCAUGGGUGAGUAUGGAAAUGGCCUCCGUGCACGCAUGGACCUUCCCAAGGGAUCUCGGAUCUUAUCCAUCCCAUUGAACCUUCUGCUCACGUCUUCAUCACUGCCACCGCCGUUAGCUCACCUCCGCCAAGACCCUCUGUGUCGCCAAUUCCCCACCAUUCCGUUGGCGCUCCACAUUCUUUACGAGGCGUUAUCCCCUUCGUCCUUCUUUGCGCCGUACAUCGCCGUCCUUCCUCGGACAUUUCAUCUCCCCAUUGAGUACACCGUGGCCGACUUUGCAGCACUGUCGCAUUCGAAGGCUGCGUAUGAGUCUGCGAUUCAGCUCUUCUACAAUUCGAUCCGUCAGUACCUUUACCUCUGCCGGCUUUUCAGUCACGAACCCAGCUCGGCACCUUACUCCUCAGACGCAUUCUCUUUGUCCAACUACACGUGGGCACUCUCCGUGGCCUUGACGCGCCAGAAUAACGUCCCAACACCGGCAGAUCCGUCCGCCCUCGCACUCAUCCCGGGAUGGGACAUGUGCAACCACGCAAUCGGGGAAAUGACGACGUAUGCCGACACCGAUGCCAUCCACUGCAGCGCCAUGAACAAGUUUGCAGCCGGCGACGAAAUCUACAUCUGCUACGGGCCGAGGCCGAACGUCGACCUCCUCAUCUAUUCUGGUUUUUCCCUCCCUCAGAACCCGUACAACUGUCCGCUGCCUCUUGUGCUGCCUUUGAAAGAUAUCCAACACGAUCCACUCGCAAAGUUGCGAACGCUGCUCCUCCAAAAACGGAGCGCGACUAUCACGGCCGCUGGGCUCCUGGUGCACCUGGAUGCAACGUCGGGUCAGUUGGCGAGUUCAUUGUACCGGGAGCAAGUGCAGUUGCUUGUGCUGGACAAACCUUCGUUGGCAAUCGCACUUCGCCGAGUUGUCGACAAGGCCACGACCGCCGCCACAGGGCGUGACGACGACGGAGACCCUUUGGUCCCAUGGCCCGAUCAAGCAGCAAUGCGCAAUGCAAACGCACUUGUCCGCGAUGCUUGCGCCGCAGUUGUCGCAAAUUACAACGCUGUCGACGCUUCGGCUGUCCAUCAGUCGAUUUUGUCGUUUCUCGCCACUGAACGGCAAGUGUAUGAACAAGUGGCGACGGGGCAAGUGGUCGAGUUUAGAAGUUAACACGAAGAUGAUCGCGACAUCUCAGUGGUUG